AUGGUCGCUCCUCCGACACUUAAUGGCCGUCUUCCUCUCCCCCAAGUAUUCGCCUUCAAAUCUUAUCUCCCUUUGUAUAGCUCCAGCCUUCAGAUCCCGUUUUUCUCAUCCCCACAAUUGUUCCUCGCUCCAAACAAGUUUCCUUCCUCAGAGGUGACGACCCUUCGAUUUACUGUUAGGUCCCACUGCUCCCCUCCUGCGUCUAUGGAGCCACGGAAAUUCAACGGGAAAUGGGAUUGUCAUGCUUCUUCUUCAUCAGAAGGGUUGCUCGCAAACAGUACUCCAUGUCAAUGGGAAUGGGCUACAUGUAGCUUCGGUAGUGCAGUAGCUACACUCUUGGCUAUUGAACUUUCGUCAAGCCAAUUGGCUAAACGUGGAGCAAUCACUGUUACCACUUACCAUGUACAAUUUUGGAUCUUCAAGAGUAGGCAACAAAUUUUUUUCUGA